AUGGAUGACGCCCCGCGUCAAAGACUCAGGGCCGAGCGGCUUCGCAUUUCCCGGAGAUCAGCAUCUUCUCGUCAAAGAUCAAAUACACCACGCACGUUCCAUGAGGAACUCUAUAAGGCUUCUAUCACUCCUGCCAACAAACCAGCCCCGUUAUAUGAGACUGAUGUCCAGGUCCGCGUUCGGGCUUUAGAGCAUAUGAACAUCAUUUGCUUGAAAAGAAAAUUAGCCCAGCAUGCCGCGGAUAUGAUAAAUAGUGAGGAGGCUUCUCAAGAUACGAUGGAUACUUUGAAGAACGACUUGAAAGAAUACGUACAAGCACUACGAGACCUCAAAUACAUCCUCGAACCACCCUCACAAAACAAACGAACCGCAAAAUUCCUUCGUGACCAACUCUACAUCAGGGACACCCGCGACUCGUUCAUCCUCCACGAGGUCGGUCUACUCUCGUCAAAAGCACGCAUCAAACCAUAUCUCGAGGUUCCCAAUUACACUGGAGAUGGAGGCCAUAGCUCGCGCAAAGACAACGCAAAGCAAACUGCUGAGGGCUUUCUCUCGAGGUUAAAGAUGGCACUAUUUGGAGGGCUGGCUUUGAUCGCACCGAUGCUGAUUAUGCGCUUGCAUAUGACUUUGAUUACGCAGCUUGUGACGACUAGUGUUUUUGUUUUGGUGGUGGGAAUUGUGCUUGCUUGGUAUAUGAAGGAUGCUAAUAAGAAGGAUAUUUUGGCUAGUACGGCUGCUUAUGCUGCGGUGUUGGUUGUCGUUUCCUACGGCGUCGGUUUCUUACCGCUAACUCAGCCUAUUUCACAAAACUACAACUAUGCAAACUUCUUAACUUCUGUUUUAAGGUUCUUUGAGAUUCUAUGUCGUAACAAGUCGGUCAAUAUUAAAUUUGAAGUACAGAGGAGUAGGAGAAUGCGUUUCUGCAGGACGAAGAACUAA